AUGGCCUUUUCAUGCUCAAACGAGUUGAAGGAAGUCUCAAUACUUUGCGAUAAUUGCUUUGUCGAGAUGACGACCCUUACAUAUAUAAAGUGCUCUGAAUGUGAAAUAGAUCUAUGUCUUUCGUGCUUUGUGAAUCAGGUGGAGACAUCCUUACAUAGUAAAUACCAUAAAUAUAGAGUGAUAUCAAAGAUGGAUACUCGGAUUCAUGAAGAGAAAUGGACCUUGAUGGAAGAGAUUUUGUUCAUAGAAGGCCUUAGUGUUUCUGGAAUAGGAAAUUGGUCUGGGGUCUCUAAAUAUGUUGGAGGAGAAAGAGAUGUAGAGGAUCAUUUCUACAAAGUGUUUGGGUUCCAAAAGGAAGUGGGUGGGUUGCCUCGAAUAACAGAAAAGUCCAGCAAUCCUUACAGAGGAACCAUCAGCUCAUAUAUGCCUUAUAGAAAGGACUUUGACAUUGAAUACAUGAAUGGGUAUGAAGCCCUCAUAAAAGACCUUAGCUUGCACGAAGAUGAAGGGAAGCUGGAGAAGAGGAUGAUAGAGGCAGUUCUUGAUUCAUACAUAAAGAUAAUUAGAUAUAGAAAUAGAAGAAAACAUGCUAUACUAGGCAGGAACCUAAUAGACAUGGAGGGCCUAAUGAAAAAGAAUGAACAGUUCAAGGUUGUAGAUAAUAUUAAGUGGAUUGUACCAUACUUAACAAAGCCGGACUUCAACACCCUUUUAUAUGGGAUAUACAUAGAAAAGAAACUCCAUGAAUUAUUAAACAAGCGUAAACAGAAAAAUAGUGGUAUGACAGACCCUGAUGGCAUUUUAUCCUCAAAAUAUUUUGUUGGUGAAAGGGAAAGAGAACUAUGCGAAACACAUGGCCUAUCUCCUGAUGUAUAUCUUGGGCUAAAAAGAGAAAUGGCCUAUUAUUUAGCGAAGAAAAAGAGGUUUACAAAAGAAGACUUCAACAGACUUUUUGGAUUUUUAAAGGAAACAGACACCCUAUACAACCUUUUCUUAGAGUAUGGAUGGAUUCAUAAAGAGAAAAGAAAUUAA